AAGAGCAGCUUUGUUGAGUCUUAAUCCUUUUUCUAUAAAUACAUGUAACAAGCUAUGAAGAAUAAAAAGAAGGCUAAUAAUUAAGAUGCAGCUGCAGUGAGAUGUUAGAGAUGUUUAAAAUAUGGUCAUUUGACUUAUGAAUGCAAAAACGAAAAUGUGUAUUUGUAUAGACCCUCAAGAAAAAUGCAGUUUAAAGAGAAAUAAUUACAAUAUGAAUUAAAUAAUGUAAAGCCUCCUGAGGUUCCUGAUGCAUUUGAUGGAGAUUGAAAGAGAAACACAAAAAAGAAGGUACCUUUGGAGGUAUUUUCAGAUUCAAGUAGUGAUGAAUAAGUGCAGUUAAAAGAAAGAGGGAACCGCAAUCAAUGUAAAGAAAUAAAAGAAUUCAUUAUCUUCUGAGAGCAGUAGUGAGAACUCUAGUAGCAGUGAUAG